CACUUCCUCGAGGCAGAGAUACGAGAGCGCGCCCCGCGGCCACGCGCAUCGAGGGGAAGCGGAAAGACGGAAGAAAGGACAUUGAAUAAACUUGCCAACUUCUAGCUGACUUGCCAGAAAUACAAUUAGAUGCAAUGUUACAGAAGAAGAAGAUAUUUAGGUGCAGAUUUUAGUAGCUUUCGGACCCCGUCCGCAUUCAGUCACCGCCCUCUCAACUCGCCAUACGACACGACUAGGACUCCAGCAGUUUUGAAACAGCCACUGCACUUGCUUUACCGACCCGAAGUCUGCCACCGUUCUACAAAAAGUCACAUUUACAACAGUUUUAAAGUGUUUUGAAAGACAGUACAUUGAAUCAACGUUAUACCCAACCAGCUCGCGGGCACUGCGGGUCUCUUUCUCCCUGUGGGAAAAGUUGUCGGUGUCGGUGGUGGACGAGCCAGGCAGGCCUGCUGCUGAGGAGGCUGCAUGUGUGAGGAGGACUGUAGCUGGCGAGGAGCGACUCACACACGAGGAGCCUGUCUGAACACCCACAAACAUGUCGGCCCAGGCACAGAUGAGAGCUAUGCUAGACCAGCUCAUGGGGACGGGGAGAGACGGAGAUUCAAUGAGACAGAGAAUCAAGUUCACAGAUGAGCGAGUCUGCAAAAGUCAUCUCCUAGACUCCUGUCCACAUGACAUUCUGUCUGGCACUAGAAUGGACCUCGGAGAAUGUAUGAAAGUUCAUGACUUGGCCCUCAGAGCGGACUAUGAGAUUGCAUCGAAGGAGCAAGAGUACUUCUUUGAACUAGAUGCUGCUGAACACCUUCAGUCCUUCAUUGCUGAUUGCGAUCGCAGGACUGAGCUGGCCAAGAAGAGACUAGCAGAGACGCAGGAUGAGAUCAGCGCUGAGGUGGCUGCAAAGGCUGAACGUGUGCAUGAGCUGAACGAAGAGAUUGGGAAGCUUCUGGCCCGAGCGGAGCAGCUCGGUGGAGAGGGGAAUGUAGAUGAAGCCCAGGAAGUCCUGGAAAUGGUGGAGAAGACACGGGCCUUAAAAAAGGAAGCAGAGGAUGUGUACAGAAACUCCAUGCCGGCCUCCAGUUUUCAACAACAAAAACUUCGGGUAUGUGAGGUGUGUUCUGCCUACCUAGGUCUACACGACAACGAUCGGCGUCUAGCUGACCACUUCGGGGGGAAACUUCAUCUAGGCUUCAUUGAAAUCCGAGAGAAGCUUGAAAAGCUAAGGAAAGCAGUUGUAGAAAAACAAGAAAGGAUGCGAACGAGAAGACGAGAGGAACGGGAAAAAGAAGAUGAAAAAGAGCGACAGUGGGAGCAAGAGCGGGAACGAGAGAGGGAGCGGGAAAGAGAGAGAGAAUGGGAGCGAGAACGAGACAGGGAGAGGGAGCGAAGAAGGUCAAGAUCUCGAAGUGGAGAUCGUUACAGGGAUGGAGGCAGUUCUUCUUCUCAUCGUUCGAGGCGUCACCGCUCUUCUCGCUCCAGAGAAGAAGGUGGAGAGCGUGAACGAGAGAGAGAGAGGGAGAGGAAACAUCGUCACAAGGACAGACAUCGCUCACGCUCCGACUCUCACAGGCGCAAAAGGAAGAGGUCCUCAAGAGACAGAUCAAGUCACACCAGAGAAAGAGAGCGCUCCCAGUCUCCGGAGAAGGGUGGUGAGGCUGCAGCAGAAGGAUGCCAUAAUGACAAGGUGGAGGCCAAAGAUUGGGAGGACUGGGAGCGCUCCCCCUCAGCAGACACAGCCAAGGCCAGAGAACGAGAGAGAUCCCUUUCCUACGAGCGUGAACGGCGCUCCAGCUCUGAGGAGCGAGAGUCCGGCGAGAUAUGAACUGGACGUUGCCCUCCAAAGUCUUUCAUUUGGAUUUAUUUUUUAGUCACCAGGAGCAUGGAAAGAUGAGUGUAUGCGUGCGAGUGUGUUUCAGCUUUGUAUGUGCGUUCAUGUCAAAAGCAGGACAUGUACAUUAGCAGGGGUGGACUUAAGAAAAUUAACUUGGGAACGAGGGAACAACUUCAGUGGUGGCGGUCAAGAAAACAUGCAACAAACUUUUAUAAGCCUCUGUAUUGUUAUGUUAGUGUGACCUGGAAGCAGUGUAGUCAUUUUUUUAUGCCAUCUUGUUGAUUUUAUGUACAGUUUCUUUGACUGUGAUGGGGGACGAGUGAGUGAAGAGACACCAGCCCUACCUAGGAGUCUUUUCUUUUGUUUGGCUCACAUGAAGUGCUGUUAUUUCUCAUCAUUAUUUGGUUGUUUAAGGUUAAAUCUUUUUUUCCUGUUCCUUUAGGAAUCUUACCCAUUUCUGUAUUUCUGGAUUCAUUUACACAGGUUGGGGUUCACUAAUGUAACAUAAUCCUUGUGGUCAUGUUUGAGAUGAGCCUUGAUGACUGAGGCACUUAAGAUGUUUGUGUUUUAACUGCUGCCUACAAGCCAUAACAAUCUCAUUUGAAAAAUUUGAUACUCAUCCUUAAGCUUUACCUUAAUUUCAGAUGCAGUGACAAGCUGGUACUUUGAAAAUAAACUAUUUUGUCCCCCUGAAAGAUGUCAUCCAAAUGUUUCCUGACAUAUGUAUGCAUACAAAUAAAUUCAAUCCUUAUAACCUCACACUCAAAGGCCUAGGAACCUGUGUCCCGUUUGCUGUGAAACAACCUGGUUGUACUGGGGGAGUCUUCUUUGCUGUGCCAUCAUUACAUGAAUAAAAGAUUCUGAUUCCGUUCCAAUA